CAGAUCUUAACAACUAACACCACCCCACGAUACCCAACCACACAGAACUCUACAUACCACGACAAAGACCUCCGAGUCCGCCAUUCAUACCUCGCUGAACACGGAAUCGAAACCACAUUCACGCGCCGUAGACGCCUGCCCUUAUCUAUGGCUACCUCUAUGGCUACCGACGUUUCGCGCGUCCCUACGGUGCCCGGAUCCUCCGGUUCAAAUGGAAGUGCUACGGAGAGAGCGAAUCACAAACCCCGCAAGUUUAGCACUUUCAUGAAGCGUCUGGCAAACUUGAAAUCUUCAGCGGCGGGGCCUUCGGCCUCUAGAGAUAGCACGCGCGCCACGGGACGCAGCGCGUCUUUCUCUUCCGGUACACCGUCGUCGAGGCAAUGUCAACCGAUCGGCCACCCACCAUCACUAUCGCGCGUGUCCUCCAGUGGGCAUCUUGCGUUCGAAGUCCAUGGCAACUACCAUUACAUGGGAUCGACCGACUCUAUAACCUCCACUUCCGAUCUCGAUAUCGACUGCGACGACGGCCAGCGGACGGCGCAGGGUUCAACAAGAACACGACCUUCGCCUUCAACCACAACCGUCACGACAUCCACAUUCUCGUCGCCCACACCGUCGAUGCGUAGCCUCACCACCACUCUGACUACUGUCCAAUCGACCGCCCCUGGCUCUAUGCUAAAUGCAAACUACAAUCCACACCCCGCACACCACCACAAUCCGAACGCUCCCCCGCAGAUGUAUUCGGCGCCCUUCGACUCUCAAGGCCACAGCCCCAUCGUCCCCGGUCUUCUCCACCCCGUUUCAUACAACGCCGCUACCGCGCAUGGAGUAUGGACGGACAAUGCAUCGAUAAUCACGCUCGCCUCGUCGUCGAAGCGCCGACGACGCCGUUCCGUCGACACCGACGCAUCGGUGCGUGCGCUGGCACCGUCGUCGAUGUUUGGCGGCUCGCGCGAAUCGCUACCGUUGUCCGUGCUCAGCGGCAAUCUCGAUUCGGGCUUGGGCGGGCGCUCUAUAGUUGGAGAACGCGCUUCGCUUCGUGGCUCCACGCUUGGAGGGACGGGCGAUGCCGCUAGUGUGCUGAAUGGGACUACUGGAUCGAUAAUGGGCGAGGUUUAUGCCGCCGGCAGUCCUCUGGUGUCGCCGAUUACGGUCGGUGCCGGGAAUAGCACCAGAGAGAGUCUGCACACCGGUCGUCACAGCCGCAGGAGCAGCGCAUGGAACAUGGAUGUUUGCGAUUGCGACGAGCCCGAGAGGAGAAGCUUGAGUGUACGGAGUGCUAGUAUCAAAGAGGGCACAGAAGAAGACGCGGAGGUCAGGAGCAUUCAAGACGGAAGCUCGAAUGUUGGGGUGUGGCACGGUGUGCCCGGGAAACCCGAGGGGCGCACUUAUGUCCCGCAGGAGAAGGAUGAGAACCUGAAGGAGUAGAGAGGGUUCCUUCCUGUGUUUGCAAUCAUCGAUCCACUGGAGACUGUUCUACAGUAGCCUGUUUGUUGGUUCAGUGAUGCUGUUCCUUCGCGUACUUUGCUUGUGGGGUUUGAUUGGAGAUGCGUUGCUUAGGAAUUGGGUGCGUGGAAUGGGGGUUCUUGGUUCAGUUUUUCUUUUUUUCUGCUGCGUUGUUUGCUUUUGCCAUUUGGGCGCCUUUUAUUCUACGCGACACGAUUUGUAUUGACUGGAUCACACACAGUCACCUUUUAUCGUAUGGCCUUUUCUUUCUUUCUUGUUUUCCUCCUAGCCGCGACGUAGUUCCCGUCACCGGACUGCUUUGCUUGGUUCCAGGAUCGUACGUGUCUUGUUUAGCGGUGACAAUCCAUUUCUUUGCUUUGUUUGAUCAUGCUCGGAUUCAGCCUAGGUAUCUAGAUUUAUUAUGGCGGCGGUGACAAUCCCUUUCUUCGGAA